AUGGCUGCGGCUGCGGCGUUGGCGCGCGAGAGGAGGGCGAGGGUCGAGGCCGGCGCCGCCACGCUCCUCGCCUCCGCCGACACAGCAGCAGUCCCGCCAUCCGCGGCUGCCGUGCCUGGCCUCGACGUCGCCGCCAUCGACGCGCUGUACCCCAAGUACCUGCACGUCGCCAGCCCCGGUGACGACGGCGACACGCUGCGGCGCGGCCCCGGGUGCCGGCACCGCUUCCACGCGCGCUGCGCCGAGCGGUGGCUCCGGGUGAGCGCCACCUGCCCCGUGUGCCGCGACUCCCCCGUCGCCACGCCGUUCGCGGAGGCCGCCGUGCCCCUUGCCACCCACGCACGGUGA